UCAGUCAACUCGUGUAGCCCGUCCUCGCCGUACUCGUACCUUCCAGAUCCUUUGCGGUCUUCUAGAAAAUUCGGCACGUUUCUCUCAAACACACCGCACAUUCUCAAGCUACGCUUGUCGCCGGUGUUUACAGUGUUCAUAAUUGCAGCGCGCCUCUGCCGUUACUCAUCGUGAUUAUUAUAUCAUCAUUUUAAUUCAAAGAUUCGCAUUUAACAAUGGCCAAGUGGGGUGAAGGUGAUCCGCGGUGGAUUGUAGAGGAACGUCCCGAUGCGACAAACGUUAAUAACUGGCAUUGGACUGAGAGAAAUGCAUCACCAUGGUCUCAGGAACGAAUGAAAGAGCUUUUCAAUAAUGUGCCUGUUGCUAAUGAGACUGCCAACCUUGUCAUUAAGAAAGUUGAGAAACUGGAUGGUGAAGCAUCAGCCAGUAACAGGAAAGGAAAACUUAUCUUCUUCUAUGAGUGGAACCUGGUUUUGAACUGGGAAGGCACUUUAAAGGAUGGUUCUGGGGCUGAACACACUGGAAAGGUUACAAUUCCUAAUUUAUCAGAGGAGAAUGAUGUUAAGGAUUUGGAUAUUCAAGUUUCAAUUGGAGAUCCAGAUGAAGAAGGAAUGAUUCUCAAGGAUAUCAUGUAUAGACAAGGUCGAGAAAUCAUCCGACACAAAAUUCAACAAUACAUUGAUGGUCUGCGCGUAGAGUUUUCCAAGGGUAUGAUUUUACCCAAGAAAGACGAAGUGAAACCCGACUCGGUAAAAACGCUCACGAGUGGCUUUAACAAAAAGAUCAACAUGGAACCAAUCGUAUCACCGAACGCGAAUGUUGGUCUUAAGAUCGAUACGAGCACGAUUAAAAUCAACCAAAAGUUCCAAUGCAAAGCGCGUGAGUUUUACGAUGCGAUGACUCGCAUAGAGAUGGUCACGGCGUUCACUCGAGGUCCAGUCAAGUUGGAGUUGUUCAAAGGCGGUAAAUUCGAGAUGUUCGGUGGGAAUAUCACUGGUAUUUUCGAGGAACUCGUGCCGAAUAGCAAAAUAGUCCAGCAAUGGAGAUACAAACAAUGGCCGGCUGGGCAUUAUUCGCUUGUUACUAUCGAUAUCAACGAAAAGGACGAUCACACCGAAGUGAAAGUAGUCCAGGCCGGUAUACCAAAAAGCGAAACAGACGUGACGAAAGAGAAUUGGGAGCGAUACUACUGGGAGUCCAUGAAGCGGACGUUCGGAUUCGGCGCGUUCAUCGCGUGAUAAGGUCACUCUAAGUGAUCAGCGGUCUGCACACAUCUGUACUGAAGAUGGACGAGAAAACGCAACUUUGAAUAUUUCACAGUUAGGGAAUUACGCGCUAUUAGUAAAUUUAAUUCGAUUUUGCGGUACCUAUGUUGAAACAGGAUUUACAAUAAUUGAAAAUAAUUGGUAUUCGUGUCUUUGCUACAAAGAUGUAAGGUGUAUGUUUCUCACAUGGUACUUAACUUAAUUUUUCAACCGAUCAACUUGAAUGCGUUCUUUGUAUCAUUUACACAUUAUCGUUGCGCAUGUAUUCAACUGGAACAAUGCUGGAAAAACCAAA